AUGUUAGCUGAUUCUGGAGCAAGUGUAAACACUAUCUCUGAAAAGGUGUUCAAAAUGCUGAAUCCAAAACCAACCCUAGAGAACUGUCAAACCAAGAUAAUACCAUAUGGGAAGAAAGAUUCAGUUCCAGUAUUAGGACGAUUCAAAGGAACAAUCAAGUCAAAAACAGCAACAGUGACUACAAACAUCUGCAUAGUUCCUGAUGAUGAAGAGUGUCUUCUAAGUUGGAAGAUGUCACAAGAACUCAAUCUUCUGCAAGUUCAUGAAUCCGUCAGAACUGUCAAAUCUAGGGACGAUGAGCUGAUUGCCGAAUACUCUGACCUUUUUACAGGUUUAGGGAAACUGAAAGAUGUUCAGGUCAAGCUUCACAUUGACAAAGAGGUUCCACCAGUUGCUCAACAAUACAGACGUGUUCCAUUCCAUGUCAGAAAAGACAUAGAAGAACAAAUCAAGAAAGAUCUUGAACGUGACGUCAUAGAGAAAUCUGUUGGACCAACGCCCUGGGUUUCGCCAGUGGUAGUAGUUCCAAAGCCCAACAGUCCAGGUAAAGUGAGAGUAUGUGUUGACAUGAGGUGUCCAAACACUGCUAUCAAACGAGAACGACACAAUUCUCCCACACUUGUUGAACUCACAACCAUACUAGCUGGAUCUACUGUGUUUAGCAAAGUUGACCUUAACCAAGGUUACAACCAACUUGAACUCAGUGAAGAAUCUCGGUACAUCACAACCUUUGCUACUCAUCCUGGACUCUUUCGCUACAAGUGUUUGAAUUUCGGUAUCAACAGUGCAGCUGAAGUUUUCCAAGAAACCAUUCGUCAAGCAGUGAGUGGUCUACCUGGUGUUAUCAAUAUCAGUGACGACAUUCUCAUUCAUGGUUGUGGACCUGAAGAACAUGACAGCAACCUCAAAGGUUUGUUUCAACUCAUGAGAGAAAAGGGACUGACAUUAAAUCCAGAGAAAUGUGUGUUUAAUCAAGCAUCCAUUGAGUUCUUUGGACAUGUGUUCAGUGGUCAAGGUAUCACACCAAGUGAAGCAAAACUGUCUUCAAUAAUGGACAUGCCAUCACCAAAGAAUGCUACUGAAUUGAAAGAAGAGCUCAAGAAAGCUACAACCCUGAGUUACUUCAAUCCAAGAGCUCAGACAGAACUGUAUGUGGAUGCCAGUCCAGUUGGAUUGUGUGCAGUUCUCUGUCAAUCAGAAGAGCAAGGAAAUCCGAGAGUAGUUCAGUUUGCCAGUAGAUCUCUCACACCGACUGAACAACGGUACUCUCAAACCAAACGCGUGAAGCUUUGCUAUCACAUGGUCAUGUGA